CCAUUCCAUUUCAUCCCGCACUCUAAUCUUUGCAACCAUCUUCAUACUCUGUUCCCAUCAGCCCCCAAAUCCUUUUGGCCUUGCCAUUUUCUCUUUCCUUGCUUCUUCUCUUCAAUCCUUCCUGGUCUCUUCAACCCAUUAAUCAAAAUGGCUCUCUCCCCUCAGAUCACCAACCUGAUCAUCAUCUUGGGUAUGAUGCAGGUGUCGAAGCGUGUUCCCUUCGACGACCCUUUCGUACUCAACGUCGUUCGCGCCGUUUACCUCGCCAGCAACGUCAUCAUUGCUGCUCUCUACUUCUACACCCAGCUGAAGAUCAACAAGAAGAAGGACCUCACAACCCUCAAGUAUGUCGAGCCCGCCCCCAUGGGCUCCACUGAGGAGGGCAAGCUUGUCACCACCACCAUCCACGCCUACGACAACCAGCAGAUCCGCACCGCUUUCCGUGGCCAGGCUAUGGGCAUGGCCAUGAUGGCCUUCAUGCACAUCUACAUGAAGUACACCAACCCUCUCCUCAUCCAGAGCAUCAUCCCUCUCAAGAGCGCCUUCGAGAACAACAUGGUCAAGAUCCACGUCCUCGGCCAGCCUGCCGCCGGUGACCUCAAGCGUCCCUUCAAGCAGCCCCAGGGUUUCAUGAGCGCCAUGCAGGGUGGCCCCGCCCAGAGCGACAAGAAGGCCGUUGAGGCUGCUGAGCGCGCUGGCCGUGGUGGUGCCAAGGAGGAGUAAGCUAGAACCUCUGAAACGAAUUUUGGGCUUAGAGGAUAGCGCGGACCGUAGGCUGGGGUUGUAAUAGACCUUGGUUGUACUAUAAUACAGAUGUCAUGGCUCGCAAAAGCAUUUGCUUAUGGCGAUUGCCAAAACCAAGGAAUUGGAACAUAUUGAGCAAUUUCUUGAAAUGAUAUCUAAUGUAGAAAAGCAAGAAGAUUAUUACGAGAACUUGAGGAUUAUGACCUCAAAAGCCCUGCACAUUUUGGUGACUGUCGAAAGUUUGCGUAGACUGCAGUCACGUUUUCUCGUGUAGAUU